UUGAGUAGCAAAUUAUUCCAUCUAAUUUGUUAUAUUCUAAGUUUUUAUUUUGAAGUUACGAUUUGCAGCUUGCAAUUUAAAUUCUCAACCUCGCAAAUGAAGAAAUCAUUAUUAAACUUUAACCAUAUGCCUUAUUUAUUAUUAGAAUUUCUCGCUUAUUCAUGGCUCCUACUCCUAACCUCGUCACUCGUGUCGUCUUCACCCCCAAGUUCAACCCUUUCGCCCACCACUACUAUGCCCAACUUUUGUGCCCAAUGGCAGGAUUGCCAAUCAUGUCUAAGGGAUCACAUGGAAAACCCCAGGGUUGACGAGAUCGAGAAACUGGGGUACCAGAGUUAUUCCAAUUGCCACUUCAAGGUUUGCUACGAGGCCAAGGCCAGCAAUCAGAUGUUCACUAUUUGCCAUGCGGAAGAUCAAGAAGUCCCAUGCCCUGAUCACAUCGAAGAAACUUUGAUCAUAAAUGACACGGCGAAAUGUCCCGAAAUCGUCAAGCCCAAAGUCACCAAGACGACUAAACCUGCCGAUACUACGUCAGAAACCGUGAUGCCCGUCAAUACUACCAUAAUACCUGAGGCUAAUGUCACGGACAGCCCGACGAUGACGACAAAAACUACGCCAGUCACAAACACUACCGUCAACCCCAACACGACCACCACUCCUUCCCACACCAAUGCUACAACUGUUCCCACGGUGACUACCCUCAAACCUACUAACGUUACUAACUCAACAAUCCCUACCACAUCAUCUAAUCCCACCGCAACACCAUCCCAUAAUGUCACCAUCACCCCAAUCACGGCUCCCACUGCUAUUCCGUCUCAUAACAGUAAGAACAAAUUUAGCCUUUCCUCGUUCAUAGGGGGCAUGUGCCUCAUGGCCGGCAUAUCUACCCUCAUUUACUUUGGUACCAAGUAUUACCGGUCCAACGCGGCCCGGUAUAGACAAUUUUGAGAUAGUCUCUGGGAGAAAAAAAAAUAUAAUGCUAAACGAACUUUUUAUAAUGUCUUUAUUCCUUUUUUUUCCAGUUUUCUAAAAAUUAAAAAUAAAUAUAA